AUGUACCCCGAUCGUAACGGGAAGCCCCCCGAUGGCGCUAGCAAUGCUAAGAAAGAGAAAGAAAAUCCCACUUCUGACGCACACGCACUACCCACGACGACCAUCCCACGAGACACCCACCCAGCGAAACCGGCAGCGACACCGGCAGCGACACCGGCCAAAGAUGCCUCACCAGACCCGACCCCUCAAGAAAGCGCGCAGGCAACCCAGCAGCAAGCGGCCACGGCCCACCCCGACCCCCUCGGCGGGCGCCAAGAACCACCCGAAGCAGGAGCCCAGCGCCGCCGCACCAGCCGCUGCCCGGAUUGCAAGGCGGCGCCGCUCGGCACGCUGGACACGCCGUUUGCGCACGAGGAGCGGCUGGACGACGGCCGCGUCAAGCUGGCGAGCUACGUGGCCUGCGCGGCGCCCGGCUGCGGCUACCUGGCGCAGUGGGUGCGGGACCCCCGGACGGGCCGGUGCGCCGCCGUCGCGGUGCCGGACCGGCUGGCCGAGCGCUGGUGCGCCGUCGAGCUGUGCGCCGCGCUGGGCACCGAGCCCGAGCCCGACGACCACAACGGCUGCUACGUCGGCGAGGUGCGCGUCGCUUUUGCGCACGUCGACUGGGACGGCGGCGCCGAGCAGCAGCAGCAGCAGCAGCAGCAGGCCGUGGCCGGGGAGGAUCUCGGGUACAUGCUCUCGGCGGCGGUCUGCGAGAUGCUGGACGAUGCGCUCGAGGGCAGGCUCGAGAUGGGCAUCUUUGCGGAUGGUUUCGGGGGUGGAGAGGAGACGCCGGAGGAGACGGGGCUGGUGGCUCCGCUCUGUCUGCGCGUGGUUGAUGACGAGCCCGUGUCGCCUCGGACUGUUCCGGCGGGCUUUGAGAGAGGUUGGUUUUUAAGCCUGGGGGAUGAGACGCCAGAGUCUACUGAAUCUGAGUCUCCUGAUUCAGAGAUAUUUGCCCGGCAAGUAUAA